GUGAAAUGUGAGGCCGGUCGGCUCCUCUGAGCGCUGGUUUCCUGUAAGUAGAGAGGAAGUGAGUUUAGCUGAGCCUCCGUUUAGUGUGAGAGAGCAGGAGGAGAGUGAGAGCUGUGCUGAGGCAGGACUAACUCCACCCUGACAUCAAGAAGAUGGAGGAAGAGGAUGGAGCAGGAUCUGCAGCAUCCAGCUGUGUGUCUGUGAGGAGUGACCGGUCCAAAGAUAAACCUCCAGGGUUCAGUAAUGAACCUGCAGCAACAAUAGUGGAGCAGGAGAGAGCAGAGGUUUCCACUGGUCAGUCUGCACAGCAACAUCAAACACACCUGGACUCUGUGGUUAUGCGGCUGGAGGACAACAUCACCAUGUUUGUGAAGAACGAGCUGAAGAAGAUCCAGAAGCUUCUGAGUCCAGAUCACCCAGAAACUUUAAAGAGCCAGAUGGAGGAUGAGGAGAUGUUUGGAGGUGAGGAUGAAGAUGAAAGAAAGAGCUGCAGAGAAGCAUUUCUGAAGAUCACACUCCACUUCUUGAGGAGACUUAAGCAGCAUGAGAUGGCUGACCAUCUGCAGAGCAAAAUAUUUGCUUCACUCUGUAAACGUGAACUUAAAGCCCAACUGAAGAAGAAGUUCCAGUGUGUGUUUGAGGGCAUCGCUAAAGCAGGAAGCCCAACCCUUCUGAAUCAGAUCUACACAGAGCUCCACAUCACAGAGGGAGGGACUGCAGAGGUCAAUGAUGAACAUGAGGUCAGACAGAUUGAAACAGCAUCCAGGAAACCAGACAGAGCAGAAACAACCAUCAGACAAGAAGACAUCUUUAAAGGCUCACCUGGAAGAGACGAACCAAUCAGAACAGUGCUGACAAAGGGAGUGGCUGGCAUUGGGAAAACAGUCUUAACACAGAAAUACAGCCUGGACUGGGCUGAAGACAAAGCCAACCAGGACAUCCAGUUCAUAUUUCCAUUCACUUUCAGAGAGCUGAAUGUGCUGAAAGAGGAAAAGUUCAGCUUGGUGGAACUUGUUCAUCACUUCUUUAAUCAAACUAACCAAUCAGGAAUCUGCAGGCUUGAAGACUUCCAGGUUGUGUUCAUACUUGAUGGUCUGGAUGAGUGUCGACUUAAUUUGGACUUCAACAAAACUAAAAUCCUGACUGAAACAAGAAAGUCCACCUCAUUGGAUGAGCUGCUGACAAACCUCAUCAGAGGAAACCUGCUCCCUUCUGCUCGCCUUUGGAUAACAACACGACCUGCAGCAGCCAAUCAGAUCCCUCCUCAGUGUGUCGACAUGGUGACAGAGGUCAGAGGGUUCACUGACCCACAGAAGGAGGAGUACUUCAGGAAGAGAUUCAGAGAUGAGGAGCAGGCCAGCAGGAUCAUCUCCCACAUCAAGAAAGCUCGAAGCCUCCACAUCAUGUGUCACAUCCCAGUCUUCUGCUGGAUCACUGCUACAGUUCUGGAGGAUGUGCUGGAAACCAGAGAGGGAGGACAGCUGCCCAAGACCCUGACUGAGAUGUACAUCCACUUCCUGGUGGUUCAGGCCAAAGUCAAGAGGAUCAAAUAUGAUGGAGGAGCUGAGACAGAUCCACACUGGAGUCCAGAGAGCAGGAAGAUGAUUGAGUCACUGGGAAAACUGGCUUUUGAUCAGCUGCAGAAAGGAAACCUGAUCUUCUAUGAACCAGACCUGACAGAGUGUGGCAUCGAUAUCAGAGCAGCCUCAGUGUACUCAGGAGUGUUCACACAGAUCUUUAAAGAGGAGAAACAACUGUACCAGAACAAGGUGUUCUGCUUUGUUCAUCUCAGUGUUCAGGAGUUUCUGGCUGCUCUUCAUGUCCACCUGACCUUCAUCAACUCUGGACUCAAUCUGCUGGAAGAACAACAAACAACGUCCAUGUGGCCUAAAUUAUUUGAUAAACCAAAACUCCAAUCUCUCCACCAGUGUGCUGUGGACAAGGCCUUACAGAGCCCCAAUGGACACCUGGACUUGUUCCUUCGUUUUCUCUUGGGUCUGAAGACUAAUCAAACUCGUUUGCAAGGCCUGAUGACACAGACAGGAAGUAGCGCACAGACCAAUCAAGAAGCAGUUCAGUACAUCAAGAAGAAGCUCAGUGAGAAUCUGUCUGCAGAGAAAAGCAUCAAUCUGUUCCACUGUCUGAAUGAACUGAAUGAUCGUUCUCUACUGGAGGAGAUCCAACAGUCCCUGAGAUCAGGACGCCCCGACGGCGUGUCCGUGUACGUGCCGUCGAGUGAACGAUCUGUUAACUCAAAAUACACGACGACGUAG